AUGAAGUUUCUGUGUCUUCCCGGUGCAUACGGCAGUGCCGAUAAAUUCCAAGUCCAGCUCGCGCCCCUCAUCAGAGAGCUCCUCUCCGACGAUUCUGCCUCAUUCCACUUCAUCAACGCGCCCUGCAAAGCGGUGCCUCCCAAAGGCUUUGAGGACUUCUUUGGUAAGCCUCCCUACUACCGCUUCAUCGAACCCGACGAAAGCAGCGACGACGAAGGCGACGCCCUCUCGCGGAUCCGCGACUUCCCUGAGCGCGAUACCCCCGAAGACACGAUGCGCGAGCUCAUGAAUGUCGGGGGCGCGAGCAGCUAUGUCAGUACCCAGAAAGCAAUCCAGUUUCUGUACAAGAUCAUGGAGACGGAAGGGCCUUUUGAGGGCAUCAUUGGGUAUUCUGAGGGGGCCGCGGUGGCGGCUACUUUACCGUUGCAGGAACAGAGGUGGUUUCAGAAGACAGGGAGACCGCCGAUGAUUAAGUGUGCCGUUUUCUUUGCGGGGUGGCCGCCGCUGGAUCCGGUGACGUAUUCGAUGGUGUUGGCGGAUGAGUCUGAUUUGAUGAUUGAUGUUCAUACGUGUCAUAUCAUUGGAUCUCUUGAUCCCUACGUGGCAGGGUCCUUAGCGUUGUACAACACGUGUGACCCUGACAAAGCAUACAUAUUUGACCACGGAAAAGGGCACACAUUGCCCAGGGAGAAGGGUGUCGUGAAGGAACUGGGAGACGUUAUUCGCACGAUGAUAUCUGAUGUCUCUUCGUAA